AUGAAGCUUUCCUCUAUCACCAGCCUUCUAUUCAUUGCAGUGUUUGCCUCCACGGAGAGUGCAUCCGGUGCAUCAAUCAGAGGAGCACAACACGAAGCAGGAAACGAAAGAGCCAAUGCGACACCUCAAAGACAACUCAUGAUGAGCACCAACAGUGGCACCAGCGCACCAUACGUACCACAAACGUUAUCUCCUGUUGCACCCAUCACCCCAACCUACAACCACGACGAGGUCCUCGAAGACCGAGAUGGUGGCGACGGCAUGCCUAUUGUCAAGCCGGCGAAAGAAACCAGAGACAUUAUGGUGGUUGUCAACUACGUGGACGCAAAUCCCGAAUCCAUUUCGUGGCAGCUACUCAAUCUGAACACCAACCGCUACAUCAUGUCCUCCAAAUUGGGGGAUGUCACUCACCCGGGAGUCGUAGCCACGCCCAAGGAUCAAGUGCCCACCGGUCCCUAUGAGUUCAUCAUGAACAACAUCCAAGGGACCGGCCUCGCUCAAGGAGCGGGCUGGGUGAAGAUUCUGGAUGUGACCGGCUUAUCCACACAAGAACGUGCCAACCUGGAGUUUGUGGUGAGCAAUGGCAAUGUUGUGUUCUCCCACAAUGGCCGCUUUGGGCCCAUGUUGAUUGAGGAUUUCCAGCUUUACUGA